CUUCACCACCGUUUUCCAUCAUCUUCUUCCACCUUCACUCGCCCCCUCCUCCUCGCGCUCCAAUGGCGAUGUCACAUCCUCCUCCUGUCAAUCUCUGGCUACUCCUCUCGGAAUCGAAGCGUAUAAUCAACGCUCACUCCCGCCAUUUCUUGGCGCUUUCCGUCCUCUUCCUUCUCCCUCUCUGCUUCUCCGCUACAGUUUACCCCUCCGUCAUCCGCCUCCUCUCCGACCAAUCUACUGCUCCAGACAGCGUUUCGCUCCUCCGAAGCGGUCUCAAGUACCAUCCAAGCGCCGCCGCCAGCAAUACCGUGGUUCUGCUUCAGAUUGUUUACUCCGUUGUAUCCACCGUCUUCAACCUCUUGGCUACUGGAUCGAUCACGUACAGUGUGUUGCAGGGAUUCUAUGGUCGUCCUGUGAAGCUUUUGCCCGCCAUCAAAUCGGGUUUCGCUUCGUUUUUCCCUCUCCUGGGUACUUCAAUCUCAAUCCAAAUUAUCGUGUUCGGAGUUACAGCGAUCCUGGUGUUUUCUGCGAUCGUUCUGAACAUGGGAUUUGAUUUAUUUGGCAUCGAAAUCAAUUUCUCGUCACCGUAUUCCCUCGCUCUGGUCAUUGUUUUAGCGAUCGUGUUGAUCGCGAUCGUGACUAACCUCUGUGUCGAUUGGAUCCUAGUGAGGGUAAUCGUUGUGAUUGAAUCGAAGUGGGGGUUUACGCCAUUAAAGCGAAGCAAAACCUUGGUCAAAGGGAUGAGAGGCGUUUCCUUCUCUCUCACCCUCUUCUUCGUCUUCACCGGAUCCGUUCUCACAUGGAGCAGCUUCCUCGACUCCUUCGCAAAACUCGCCGGCAGCGACGGAGCCACCGACGAAACGCGGUGGACAAACGCGUUUUUCGUCCUCAAGAUCGUGAUCACGUCGGCGUUUCUGACGCUGCUUUUGCUGUACAACAUGGCGGCGAUCACCGUAUUGUACGUGUAUUGCAAGGCCGCUCACGGCGAGUUUGGGUCGGAGAUCGGAGCAGAGUUCGCCGAAGAAUACGCGAGCUUGCCUUUCGACGAUGGUAAAGUUUUUCACUUGGUAUCUGCAGCUGACAACGUCUGAUCAUCCCAUCUUUUGCUUCUGCGUUUGAAAAUUUUCGAUCUUUUGUUGUUUUUUUUUGUUAAUAAUCUUUUGUUGUUUUUUGUUUGUGGGUUUCUAGAUUUUGAUCGGGAAAGUCUUACGUCUUUUGUUGUAAAAGAGUUUAUACGAAGAACAUGGUUCUAUCGUGUGAACUCAUUGAAUGAAACGACGAAGGCAAUGUCAUGUUGUGGAAAUAGCUAUAAUCAAUUUUACAAUUUUUUUUUUAGUGAUA